CCCAUAAUCCCCCACACUCCCACCAUGGGGAACAGCCGCAGCGGCGCUCUAUCCCGCGAGGUCCUCCAAGAACUCCGUGCCUCCACGCGUUACACGGAGGAGGAGCUGAGCCGUUGGUACGAAGGAUUCCAACGCCAAUGCCCUGAUGGCCGCAUCCGCCGUGAUGAAUUCGAACGGAUUUACAGCAAUUUCUUCCCGAAUUCGGAUCCCCAAGGCUACGCCCGCCACGUCUUCAGGAGCUUCGACACCAACGACGACGGCACGUUGGAUUUUAGGGAGUACAUCAUAGCUCUGCACCUCACCUCGUCCGGGAAAACCCACCUGAAACUCGAGUGGGCUUUCUCCUUGUUCGAUGUGGAUCGCAAUGGGGAGGUCAGCAAGAGCGAGGUGUUGGAGAUCAUCACGGUGAGGCUAUGGGGAGGUUGGGGGGGACUAUGGGGUCUCUAUGGGUGUGUUGGAGGUCAUUACGAGGAGUAGCCGCUAGGGGGCGCUGUGAGGGUCUACGAGAGUCCA